CAGUUUCUUGGUGACCCCGUACGUGAUGUCAAGAGAAGGGUAAUUGACAAACUCGUGGUCUGUGUCCAAGUCAUCGGACAGUUAGUCUGGGACAGCUGUCUCCCGGUCGGCGUACCGUUUGAAUAAGGAAUAAGCGCACAACGUUGAGCUGGUACGACGUCUCCUAAACCCUGAGCUCAUCAAUGAUAAGGUAAGCAGAAUACCUGUUACUAUAUGUCGAAAUUCUGCAAAUUGAAAGAGGAAAUUUAAGAGGAGACUGUCGUUCAGAUCAAAUAAGGUGUGCAUGAAGUGAAUAUACAUACGGUGAAUAAGUUUGGAACUUACGUGUGUAACGUGUACGGUAAAGUCAGGGACUUACGCGUACUACGGAUAGGUCAGGGACCUAGUGCUUCGUCGUGGCGGACAAGGGUACGGUGACGAUCGUAUUCAGAUAGCUGGGGUUAAUAAAGAGAUCCCCGAGGGGAAGUGAGGCCUCCUCAAAAAAUAUCCGGUGGUAACAGUUCCUCCUGUGAGAGACCAGACCGCUAAAAUAUCCAAAAUGUGCAACCAAAUUGGGGGGAGUGUGUGUGUGAUGAGAGGAAUGAAUGGAGUGAGAUUGAGAGGAAUGUAUGCUGGAAGUGCAAAUUGUGAGCUACAUGAGAGAUGGAUUCGAAUCCCUUUGUCUGUGUGUUCUGUGUAUGUGCGUAAUCUCUGUAAAAGUUUGUGUCAGUCUAUCGUCGUUCGUCUGAGCUCUGCGCGAGCACUUUGUGUAUUGGCGUGCGUGCCGUGCGGAUGCGUGUGUGUAUGUGCGGUUGUGUGCGCGCUCGCUGUGUGUGCGUUUAUGUGUACAUGUGUGGUUGCGGGCGUGUGAGGAGGAAGAAGAUGAUGUUGUGAUGCAACAGAGAAAAAUGUUGGAGUGCGCGAAUCAGGACAGUAGAAAGAAGUGCAGCCAGGGAGAGAGAGAGACACGGAGAAAAUAUAAUUUGCGGAGUGGUCAGGGACAGAUGACACAGGCCGAGGUGCAGAAAAAUGAAUUGAUGUGUCCGCUGGUGACCACAUCGGGCGGUCAGCACUACGAGCCCAUGGUGCUCCGUGAUGUGACCGCGAUGAUGGAAAAGAUGCCCCCACUUCACAGAGGAGGCAAGGUGUGGCUGAACAAAUUUUUAGCUCUGAUGAGUGGGCAGAGCUGUACACUCGGUGACAUGCGCCAGAUGUUGGCAGGAGCAUGCUCUCUAGUGCAAUUGCAGGCAAUUGAGGAAGCAGCAGGCACAGCGAGGCUGGGGAGGGAGGUGCCCUUGCCACAAGUAGCAGCGCCCCUGUUUGAAAACAUUAAAUUGACUUUCCCACAACCCACCGAUCUGGCCCCCACUAUGUUUCCUUAUGAUGUGAAAAUGUCACCUGCACAACAUUAUGUAACAUGUGUGGAAAGUUGGAUUGAAACCACAGGUCGACAUCCAGCUCUCACGCACGAGGCAGAGGUGCUCUUCCGAACGGCGCUGCUGGAUGGACUUCCGCCAGAUGUGAAGAAGCAGCUAAUGUCAGAUCCUGACAUUCUGGCUCCUCAGGUGGUGGGGCGCGGAAGGGGCCAGUUCCGGGGCGGAUACAGAGGCCGGGGAGGGAGUGCACCUGCUUACCCGGGGAGGGCAACAUACAAGCCCCAUUCAACAAAUGCAUGUUUCAUCUGCGGCGAAACCGAUCACUGGGCAAGAGGAUGUCCACAGUAUCGACCACGCGGAGCCACCCACCCAGCCGAAGGCCCGCCAUACCAACCCGGAGCGCCGAUGCAACAGGCAGGAACAGCUCCACCCGGUGGACGGCCCUGGCAACAGCCACAAACGCACGGAGGUCAGUACUACCAACAUGAUGAUCUCUGGUGUGGACAAUUUGAAUAGGGCUGCCCGGGGAGCCAGGAAAGCAGUGGCCCGGCGGAGCCAAUGCUUCAUGUGACAGUGGAAGGAAAACCUGUGAAGAUGCUGGUGGACACGGGAGCAACUUAUUCAUCAAUAAACACUGCCCUUCCUGUAUCCUCACUGUCAAAGAAAACAACGACUUUAGUCGGCUUCUCGGGACAACCACGUACUCUGCCUUUCACCAAACCACUUGAAACUGUGAUCACCCGAACAGGGUGUAGACUGUGGCACAAAUACAUCCAUUCCACAGACACUCCGAUCAAUUUGAUGGGAAGGGACUUGCUGUCAGCCGUUCAAGCCAGAAUUCUGUGUGGGCCAGAGGGAGUGAUUAUUCAAUUUCCAGAUGGCAUCAGCAUCCAGUGCUCACAGCAGCUACAACAACAUGGUCAGUGGCUGAUGGCGCCCCUACCGGCAGAAGCAGAAACUGCAACCAUCUACUGGGCCAGGCUGGAGCCAGAGACCCCUGCUGGUGGCGGUGUGUUCUCGACCUACCUACUGUGGAAGCCCUGGAUCUGCUCACUGGCGCCAUACCACCCACCUGUUGAUCCUUUGCAUUGCACGCUAUAUUAUGACCGAAAAAGUGAUGAUGUUUAUCGGGAUUUGUUUGAAGAAAUUGAAGGGCACAUGUGGGAUUUAACUUCAUCAUGCAUUUUGAUUGGUAAAGAGGGAGUUGCAGCAGCUACUGAAUUAACACCAGAACAAAUGCAGUGGUUCAAAAUGACAGAAAAAGGGGUACCACACAUUUCACUAGCUCUUGCCCCAGGUCAUGAAGCCAGAGAAUUGGGCUCAAUGGUCAAACAUUUGUUGCUGCAAACCGACUGGCGGAAGACACACAUCCCUAAUUUGUACUGGUCAGAGUCUCAGAAAGCUUACCAAAUUAAACAACCCAUGGUAGACUCAGGGCUGCUGGAGAUGAUGUUGGUAUCUCGCACACAUGGCAGGGAAUUAACUGAUCAUGAGGACGCUGAAGUAAUGCUCGCGGCCUUGCCCGACACCUUGUGGUCCCAAGGUCCAUUUGAUGUCGGGUUUUGUCACUCGAUGGCCCCUAUUGAUCUCCAAAUGGAUGAGACGCAGCCUAUCAAACGACCCCAAUAUCGUUGGCCGAGUGAGGCGAACCAAGGCAUGGAAGACACUCUCUGCGGCCUCUGGGACGCAGGGGUGUUGGAAGUGUCAUGCUCCGAAUGGAACACCCCGUUAAGGCCAGUCCAAAAAGCAGAUGGGAAAACAUGGCGCAUGGCGCAUGAUUUGAGAGCAGUAAAUGAUGUCACUAUAACUCCUGUUCUUCCUGUGCCAGACCCGCACCGAAUCCUUGCAUCAUUGAACCCUGCCUAUCAGUGGUUCACCGUGAUUGAUUUGGCUAAUGCCUUCUUCUGCCUUCCGCUUUCCCCCUCAGUGCGGCACGUGUUCGCAUUCACUUACAAAGGGAUGAAAUUACAAUACACUCGCAUGCCGCAGGGAUUCAAAAAUUCGCCAGGAUUGUUCAAUCAGGUCCUCAAAGAACUCCUCGAACCAUGCCAAAUGCCGGAUGGCACAUUGUUGUUGCAAUAUGUCGAUGAUUUGUUGAUUGCAGCAAAGGACGAGCAGGCGUGUCUUGCAGGAACAAAGAAAGUGUUGUUGUGGUUAGGAGAGAAAGGGUUCAAGGUGUCAAGGAAGAAACUGCAAUGCUGUCGCCAACAGGUCACUUUUCUAGGUCGAGUGUUGACCCCUAGUGGCCUCGCCAUGUCGCCUGAACAUAGAAACUCCAUCCUCCGGCACCCACGGCCCGCCACCGUCCAGGAGAUGCUAUCAUUCCUGGGGUUGUGUGGCUACAGCAGACAUUACAUACCCUGUUUUGCCGACAAAACUGGUGUCCUCCGAGCCCUGAUCCGCGAACAGGGGGCCAGGAAUCUCAAGGCUUGCCUGGUCUGGACACCGGAGGCUACCGAGGUCUUUGUGUCACUGGUGCAGGAGCUGGCCUCUGCUGCGACCUUGGCCACUCCUGACUACACUCUGCCCUUCCAUCUAGAUGUCUCUAUUUCAGGGAAAGUUGUGAAUGGAGCUCUGUACCAGAAAAUGCAGCAUGGACGUGCAGUGUUGAUGUAUUGCAGCGUCCCCUUGGACAACAUUGAGCAACGACAACCCGAUUGUUCCAGGUAUGCGGCUGGCCUGGCGAAGGUCUUACUCAAAACAGCCCACACGGUCAUGGGGCAUCCAGUCUAUGUGUUAACUGAUCAUGCGGUCUCCUCGUUUGUCGCAUCGGCGGCAUUCACGUUGACUCCGCUGCGACAAACACGAUUGUUGAAAAUAUUGACUGCCCCAAAUGUCAACUAUGUCCAUUCCGGUGUGAACAUGGCCGAUCAAUUGUUGGUGGGACCCCAUGAGUGUGCAUCAAAGGUCCAGACGGUGACGAAAGUCCGACCUGACCUCUAUUCCACUCCGCUCGGGCACGGUCGGGUGGCGUUUACAGAUGGCUGCUGUUGGAGAGACAGGAUGGGCUCCCUCCAUGCGGCCGCGGCGGCGGUCGAGUGGAGGGAUGGCUCCUUCCAGCCUCUUAAAGUGAUGAAGCUCAACACCCACCCAUCAGCCCAGGCGGCGGAAGUCUUUGCUCUGGUGUUAGCUUUGCGACAAUGCAAGGGGGAGGCCGUGACCAUCUAUUCUGACUCCGCUUAUGCGGUGUCGGCGGCUUUGAUCGAUCUGGUAGGGUGGCUACAGAAUGGGUUCACGACGGCCAGAGGCUCGGAGAUUGCGCACAAGGAUUUGAUGUUGCAGUUGUUUGAGGCGUUGAAGUACCCGAGCGAGGUGGCCAUUGUCAAAGUGCCUGGUCACUCCAAAGCUGACACUUUAGUGGCUAGGGGGAAUCGAGCGGCUGAUGAAUUGGCCAAGCAGACGGCCGGGUACGGCGGGGCAGAGGACAUGAUGGUGUCCCGCGGUCCACUAAUUGUGGACGGGGAGCACCCCGACUCCUGUUUGCCUCUGUCACUCUCGCAUGCCGAUCUGUGUGCCGCCCAGGGUGCCACCUCCCCGGAACAAAAAUCGGUUUGGCUGGCAGCAAAGGCUGUCAAACGAUCAGAUGGCUUGUGGGUAGGACCCAAAGGACAGCCAGCUCUUCCGGAGGGAAGGCUGAUGUCGGAGAUCCUGACACAGGCUCACACACCUUCCCAUGUGGGUCCCCAUGCCAUGAUGAUCCAUCUUCGAAGUUGGUGGCAUCCCAAACUCUCGGAUGUGGUCUGGAAAUUCGUUGCAGAUUGUGAGUCUUGCCAGACGUUCAAUGCACGCCCUACGUUGAAACCAAAGCCCGGCCUGUUUCAGCCGGCCCCGUGGCCGGGGGCAGAGGUGAUCAUUGAUUUUACCGACAUGAGUACAAGAGUGAAUGGGAAACGCUUUUUGCUUGUGAUGGUUGACGCUUACUCAGGCUGGCCUGAGGCAUAUCCGUGCUCGAAAGAAGAUUCUACUGCUGUGAUCAAGGCUUUGAUCACCCAUUACAUCCCCACGCAUGGUUUCCCGGCCCUGAUCCGCUCUGACAAUGGUACACACUUUAACAACAAAGCCUUGGCCAAGGUAGAAUCAAUUUUGGGGUUGAAGCAUCGAUUCGGCUGUGUCUACCAUCCUCAGAGUCAGGGCGGAGUUGAACGUAUGAAUCGAACACUGAAGGAGAAAUUAGCCAAAAUUAUGGCUCAAACGACAAUGAAUUGGCUCCAAGCGCUCCCGCUUGCCUUGUUGUCUGUGCGGCAAUCCGUUAACAGGCGCACUGGAUUCGCACCAUUUGAAUUGAUGACGGGUCGUCUAAUGCCGGGACCAGCAACGACGCUCGUCCCACCAGAGGAUGUUACGGUACCAAAUUUGUCUCAUGCAGCAUACUGGUCCUAUUUGUCUGCUUUGGUGUCCAGUGUUUCUGCACAGAUUGGAGAGAAAUCCGCUGCGGCUGCGGCGGAGGAAGGCGUGUCAGCGGAGAAACAGCUCACGCCGUACGUGUACGUCCGAGUCAUCUCUAGAAAGUGGACGGACCCCCGGUGGAAGGGCCCCUUUCGUGUCUUGGCCAGGACGUCUCACGCGGCCCAGCUCGACUUCAAAGGACGCCGGUGGUAUCACUACUCACAACUCCGUCCGGCCCCAGAGUUUGUUCCGUCAGGAUGAAGGUAUUCCUGUUUGGCCGUGUCCCGGACCCGGCCAAAAGGGGGGGAACAGAAGGAACAAUACGGAAAAGGAAAGGUUUUUGGGAAUUUUCAGAAUUAUUUUUAGUAGGAGUGCUAUGUGUGAGUUGUCUUUUUGUGUGGGCAUUGAUGACAAUUGAUGAGACCAUCCAGCAGAAAACGUCCCAAAUUCAAAAUUCACCCACCAACAAACAAUACCGAUGCAGAGGAAAAGUAGUCUAUGAAGCUGAGGUGAACACAACAGAAGAGCUCUCACGAGAGGAACAGGAAGGUUUGAGACAGAGAUGUGACAGCAAAAAUUGGCAAACGUAUGUCACGUUGUCUAAUUGGACAGAGACCAACCAAACCUUACAUGACAAAUUGGAAAAGUACCAGAGAAGGGUGUGGAGGAACCAAAUUCAACAAGUAAAGAGAGUAUUGGAUUUAGCCCCACCCGAUAGAGAAGGGACAUGUAUUUACCAAUGUAAAGAAGAUGGACAGUUUGUUGUUGCUUCGUGUCAUGGACAAAAGAAGUUAACAUAUGGAGAAAUGUGGUUGUUUUAUUCUCAAUGCUCAGAGAAUGAGUUUGGUUUGUUCUCGGUUGAGAGGGCAUUGGAGAGUCACGGCAUACAAUUAUCCACUCAGAUGACGCAGAUGGCGGUGAAGGUAAGUAAAGGGAGGUUGAACGAUAAAUUGAAAAACCCCGCCCCAAUCAAGGAACCAUUGUGGUACUGUAAUGGAACAGGGUGCCCCACAGCAUAUUACAAUGUGUCUGAGUACCAUUUAAACAUCCGGUCCAAAAGACAAGUGGUGACUGGAGUCACUCAGACACACCGCGGGCUCUGCGAACCGGUUCAAUCAUUCAAAUGGGGGAUCCAGGUUUGCAUCCCUAAAAAUGUGACAGUACAAAUUACCAUACCGUUUGAUAGUUUGGUCAACGGGCAGAUUAGAGGACAAGAUUAUCGGGAUUAUGAUUGGUAUUUGACCAAUGAGUUGGUAAA